AUGUCGCCCGCAACCCUUCAAGUCAAUUCCAAUUCGAAGCUGCCGUCGCCCGGGUUCAGCGCCGGCUCGCGACCCUACCGCUCACACAAGGUCCGCGCUUGCGACCUCUGUCGCAAGCGCAAGUCUCGAUGCACCGUCGAUAUCCCGGGCCAAUCUUGCCUCCUAUGUCGCGUGCAGGGGGCUGAUUGUCACUACCAGGAGGAGCCGAACCCGGACUCCUCGGUGUUGAGCACAACGGAGACCAAACCGUGGUCGGGAGCGCAGCCGGUUGAGCCGGUGUCGGGCAAGAAGCGCAAGCGCAGCCCUGAUGGACUGCCCACCUCCCGUCAGUCAACCAAUGGACCUAGUCCGCAGGGGACGACAAUUUCGUCCUCGGGACGCCGGGGAAGUGAUGCACGGCGGAAAGAUAUGGACGACCCGCACAAUGAGUCAGUUCUCAUUGUCGGGCCCAUGGUUGCAGAGGAUGCGCAGGUCAUUGAGCAAUAUAUGCCCCCUGAGCGGUCCAGCCUGUCCGAAGACGCGAACAGUCAUCCAUACAAUAUCUACUCCAGCGAUCCACGGAAGCCUGUGCUCUAUACCACCAUCUCGCGGCGGAGGAAGGGUAUGCGCCGCGGCGUUCCACCUGGUGAGAAUCAGAAGGAAGUCCUGGAACAGAUCCUAGGACCAUUCAAACAUGACCUUGUCAGGCUCUUCAUCGAUCGUUUCAACGUCGCGUUCCCGAUCUUCGAUGGCGAACAGUUCUGGGAGUCUUAUAUUACCGAUGGUGUAGAAGAUCCGCCGGCUGCGCUUCUGUGCCAAGUAUACUCGAUGUCCCUCGUGUACUGGAACCAUACACAGAAACUCUCGUGCCAUCCAAAACCCGACGUUCGAUACGCGGUAAACAUGACAGUGGCUGCUCUGCACGAAGAGUUCUCGGCACCUGGUCUGUCCACAAUUAGUGCCGCACUGAUUGAUUUGACGGGAAGACCUAUCUUCUCGAUGACUGGAAACGCCAUCAGCUGCGGACGCAUGUUGUCUUUGGCCAACUGUCUUGGUUUGAACCGCGAUCCGAGUCAUUGGAAGCUCUCGCAGCAAGAAAAAGAUCAGCGUAUUCGUCUUUGGUGGGGUGUCGUAAUUCAUGAUCGCUGGGGAAGCUUUGGUCACGGUGUACCGCCACAGAUCGCCAAAUCCCAAUACGACGUACCGCUGCCUACUGUUGACGGCUUAGUUCCGGCGAGCCUUCGCACCACUGAGCGUGUGAGGGCAGCGCACUGCCAUAUUUCUUUGUGCAAAUUAACCGAAAUCCUGGGCGAACUGUUACCUUUGGUCUAUGGCUUGCAGGCAAAGCCCGCACGCGAAAGCUCCAAGAAGCUGAGGCAGAUUCGGACGGAUCUGGAUCUUUGGGAGGACUCGCUUCCCGACUGGUUGAGAACACCAAUAAACGGCCGUGGCGAGCAGUUAUCUGCGUCUAGCAGCUUGCAGCUUGCUUUCUUGGCGGUCAAAAUGCUUGUCAGUCGAGUGGAAUUGAAUGAGGUCAACAACGCAGAGACCGACAAUCCCGAGGCUCGUCGCUACUUUCAGACCGAAUGCCGCAGAUCAGCAGAAGAGAUCGUGCGGUUCAUUACCUCCCUGCGGAAAGAUAACUUCAAGGAAUUCUGGUUACCAUAUAGCGCGUUCCAUCUGACGUCUACGGCCACGCUCCUUGUGCGCUGCGCUUUCGAAACAAACGACAGUGAAGUGGCGCGGUCCUGCCUGGCCAACGUUGAGACCCUGCGUAAUGUGCUACGUCGUGUUCGUGAGGAAGAAGACUGGGAUGUGGCUGACAUGUGCCUGGACCACUGCGAACGAAUCAUGCACCGUCUACCUGGUACUAGUGCCGCUAUGGACCAGACGCUUACUGCAGCGAUAGCUGACAAUGGGUUGGUCAACCCAGCCGCGAUCUCAUUGCCCGAGACUCAAACCAAUAAUGAUAUUGUGGAUGACAUGAUGUCCAUUUCGAAUACGUUCGGAACGAUGGAUGGCUUCCCCUUCGACAUGACAGGUAUCUGGGAUGUCUCCGUGUUCCAGGAUGUCAAUCUGUCUUGA